GGGUGGGGGGAAUGAAGAGCCUAUAAAUAAUCAAAGUGAUCCAACCUAUUUUCCAACAUUACAAAUUACGAGCCUUGUUACUAAACCUCUCAGAGUAACUAGCUACCUCAAUCGUCGAUCCAAUGGCAAUUCCAGUGAUUGAUUUCUCGAAGCUCAGUGGAGAGGAGAGAGCCAACAUAAUGGCACAACUGCAUAAUGGCUGUGAGGAAUGGGGUUUCUUUCAGUUGGUGAACCACGGAAUUCCAGAGGAGCUCCUUGAGAGGGUGAAGAAAGUGAGCUCUGAGUGCUAUAAGCUGGAAAGAGAAGAGAAAUUCAAAACCUCAACGCCAGUUAAGUUAUUGAAUGAGUUGGUGGAAAACAAAAGCCACAACAAGAUAGACAAUGUGGACUGGGAGGAUGUUUUUCUCCUUUCAGAUGAUGUCAUUGAGUCGGAAUGGCCAAAAGAAACUCCAGAAUUCAGAGAGACCAUGACAGAAUACCGAGCUGAACUGAAGAAACUGGCAGUGAAGGUCAUGGAGGUGAUGGACGAAAAUUUGGGCUUGCCAAAGGGAUACAUCAGACAGGCCUUCAAUGGUGGGGAAGCUGGUGAUAAUACUGCAUUUUUUGGCACAAAAGUAAGCCAUUAUCCUUCUUGUCCACAACCUGAGAUGGUUAAUGGCCUACGGGCUCACACGGAUGCAGGAGGAGUCAUCUUACUCUUUCAAGAUGAUCAAGUCAAUGGUCUUCAAAUCCUCAAAGGCGGUGAAUGGAUAGAUGUUCAGCCCAUAAAGAAUUCUAUUGUCAUCAAUACAGGUGACCAGAUUGAAGUGUUGAGCAAUGGGAGGUAUAAGAGUGUUUGGCACCGAGUUCUGGCACUACCUACUGGAAAUAGAAGAUCUAUCGCCUCUUUUUACAAUCCAUCUUACAAGGCCACAAUUGGUCCUGCUCAGGAACUUGUGGAAACACCACACAAAGAGCUCGAACAGGAUUACCCGAAGUUUGUGUUUGGUGAUUACAUGUCUGUUUAUGCUGAACAGAAGUUCCUCCCUAAAGAACCAAGGUUCCAAGCUGUGAAGGCCAAGUAAAAAAUUAUAUGUGCAGUCAGCUUCUCAAAGUGUGUUGUGUGUGUGUGUUUGGUGAGUACUAUAUAUUUCUCAAAGUGGAAAAGAUCCUGCUGGGAUCCUCUAUAUCAAUUACUUCUAUACUACUGCAGUUGUUGUAUCAAUGUUUCUUGUUCUGCAAAGCAAUAUUAUAAUAUAAGGUGCCUAUUGUAAUUGUUAAAGUUUGCUUCAAGUAUUUAUAAGAUGCAUCAAUUUGUCACA